AUGACGUCCGGCACGAUCUCUUCGCUUCUCCUUAUCGUCCUGAGCUGUGCACAGGUGUUCGCUCAGUCGCAAAGUGUGCAGUACAACCAAGUACUUAAUGUCAAUGGCGAUAUGAAACUCAACUCCUUCGUAUUUCCCGAUCGAUCAAAAGUCGAGACUUUCUCUCAGAAACAACAACAAAUAAUUGUUAAUCAACAAAGCCCUUCCAUUCCGGCCAACCAGGUCACUGGAUCAUCUGGUCAGCCCUUUGUCGCCGUCUCCCCACAGUCCAUGACCAUCAGCACCAAUGGUGCAACGGACCUGGUCGGUGGCCAGAUCGAGAUGGCUAUGACUAUGCAGAACCUGCAGGGCGUGGCUGUCCAGCCAGACAACGCCUAUGUCGCUAUGCUUUCGCCUGACCGCCAGACUUGGAUCAUCCAAGAGACCAUGAGGACUGUCAACACUACCGACAUGACUGUUCGCAUGGUCAAGCGUAGCCAGAUGGACGGUGAAUACAUGGUUGUCGGUCGCCAGACCGUUGAGACCAACACUCUUGUCGUUCCCUUUGGCAGCGAUGGCACCACAUCUGUCGGCAUCCAGGGAACUGGUCUGCAGGAGAACGAGUUCCAGGAUGGCUUCAGAAUGUCAACCCGCGCUACCCAACCCAUGACGAUGAACGUUGAUGUCAAGAAGGGUGUUGACCAGGGUAUGCUGUCUGCUCUUCAGGGACAAAGCACCGUCAACGACUACCGUUACUCUGUCGUUACCAACUUGGCCGCUGUCACCCCAAACCUCAACCAGCAGGUCACUGUUAUCCAGAUGCCUGUCAACGCUGUCCGUCUCCAGAAGAUGAUGCAAGCUAUGGGCGUCCCACCAACCGGUUCCGUGGCCAUCGGCGUCGCUCAACGUAGUGUCCUGAUGAACCCUGGCGGCGCAACGGGCAGUCUCGGUGGAGCCGCUACCACGCGCCGUGUCACUCGUGAUGAGUUCAGGAAGAAUGUUGCUCGCCAGGUUCAGGGCGGCACUGGUACCACCAACAACCCUGUUGCUACUCAGCUCCUUCUUGCGCCUACCUUCACUCCCAUCCAGGCUGAGGCUAUUCUCGACCAGAGCAAUAUGCGCAUUGCCAUUCCCGUCCGCCAGAUCGAUGGAGAGUACAUCCUCACAAUGAAGCUCAUGACUGGUACCCAAGCCAACGCUCAACCUGCAAGCCCUGCCCCAGCUGCUGCCGCCACCAAGCCUGAGGCAUCCAAGCCCGCGGCAUCCAAGCCCGCGGCGGCUAAGCCUGAGCGCCGUGCCGACGCGGAGAAGGACAAGUACGGUCUCCCCAAGGCACCUCUGGGCUCUGUUAUCAUGACCAUGAAGGAAAUUGAUACCAUGGCCGAAAUGAUGACCUGGGGUGGUCAAGUUGCCAUUACCAAGAUGAUGAACGACUUCGUCCAGGUCCAGACUGGGGCUUUUGCUUCGACCCCUAAGGAUGGUAGCACUAAGCUUGUCCUUUAA